UCGAUAAUACUGAAGUUCGAUUUAAUUUCAACAGAAUAAUACAGUUGGAUCGACGUAAUUUUUGUGCUUAAACAUGGCGACUCAUUAUUAUUGGGAGAGAACAAAGGCAUGGAUGCUGGAUAAUAAGAUAAUCGUACUUCUCUCGCUACUGUCAUUUUGUCUGUUUGUCUCAACGUUGGCGAUAGCUGGUCAAAGAAAUCGGCUCAAUACCGAAUUAAAUGAUUUGAAGAACAGUCUCACCUCAACCACAACCUCAACCACACCACCACCACCACCUACGGAUCCACCUAAAAACGAGACAGAUACAGAAAACGGCGAUGGUGCUGGUAAUGGAGGCGGUGAUGGGGAUGGUGGUAACAAUGGAGGCGGUGAUGGAGGUGGUAAUGGAGGCGGUGAUGGAGGCGGUAAUGGAGGCGGUGAUGGGGAUGGUGGUAACAAUGGAGGCGGUGAUGGAGGUGGUAAUGGAGGCGGUAAUGGAGGCGGUGAUGGGGAUGGUGGUAACAAUGGAGGCGGUGAUGGAGGUGGUAAUGGAGGCGGUAAUGGAGGUGGCGAUGGGGAUGGUGGUAACAAUGGAGGCGGUGAUGGAGGUGGUAAUGGAGGCGGUAAUGGAGGCGGUAAUGGUGAUGGUGGUAACAAUGGAGGCGGUGAUGGAGGUGGUAAUGGAGGCGGUAAUGGAGGUGGUGAUGGGGAUGGUGGUAACAAUGGAGGCGGUGAUGGAGGUGGUAAUGGAGGCGAUAAUGAAGGAGAUAAUAAUAAUACUGGCAAUGGCACGGUUCCGGAGCAAAGGUAAAAUCAGUGCCAAAACUACUUAAGUGACAAUGAAAGGGACGAAAGUAGUGUUAUCUUAAGGAUUAAAAUGUGAUUGUUGUGGUGGUUUCUUUAAUAAACAUAAUAUGUACAAACCUUUUAUAUUGGUAACUAA